GGGGCGGUCCCGGGGCGGUGUUGGCCGUCCCGAGGUGGUGUAAGGCGCGGGGCGGCGGCGGCGGCGCUGUCUGAGGGAAUGCGCCCGGCCAAGAUGGCCGCUGCUGCCGCCGCUGCCGCCGCGGGACGUCACCUGGCGAGGAGCAGCCCCCCGCUGCGGGUGCCGGUGCGGUGGCAGGGCCGGGCGGCGGCCGCGGUGGUGACGGAGAGCGCCAAGCCCCGGGUGCAGCCCCAGGAGCGGAAACCUAAAACUGGCAUCUUGAUGCUGAACAUGGGAGGCCCAGAGCGGCUGGAUGAUGUCCACGACUUCCUCCUGCGCCUCUUCCUGGACAGGGACCUGAUGACGAUGCCGGCUCAAAACAAGCUGGCCCCGUUCAUCGCCAAGCGCCGCACGCCGAAGAUCCAGGAGCAGUACAGCAGGAUCGGCGGCGGCUCCCCCAUCAAGAAGUGGACGGCGGUGCAGGGGGAAGGCAUGGUGAAGCUGCUGGACAGCAUGUCCCCUCACACUGCGCCUCACAAGUACUACAUCGGGUUCCGCUACGUGCACCCGCUGACCGAGGAGGCCAUCGAGGAGAUGGAGAAGGAUGGCAUCCAACGGGCCGUCGCCUUCACCCAGUACCCCCAGUACAGCUGCUCCACCACAGGAAGCAGUUUAAAUGCCAUUUAUCGCUACUACAACGAGAAGGGGGAGAAGCCGAAGAUGAAGUGGAGCAUUAUCGACCGGUGGCCCACACACCCCCUCCUCAUUCAGUGCUUCGCUGAUCACAUCCAGAAGGAGCUGAACCUGUUCCCCCCGGACAAAAGGAAAGACGUGGUGAUCCUCUUCUCGGCCCACUCGCUGCCCAUGUCUGUGGUGAACCGGGGCGAUCCGUAUCCUCAGGAAGUGGGAGCCACAGUCCAGAGGGUCAUGGAGAAGCUCAACUACUCCAACCCUUACAGGCUCGUGUGGCAGUCCAAGGUUGGACCAAUGCCUUGGCUUGGUCCCCAGACAGACGAGACCAUUAAAGGGCUGUGCCAACGAGGGAAGAAGAACAUGUUGUUGGUCCCAAUAGCAUUUACAAGUGACCACAUUGAGACCCUGUAUGAGCUGGAUAUCGAGUAUUCCCAGGUUUUAGCAAACGAGUGCGGAGUUGAGAACAUCAGGAGAGCGGAGUCCCUCAACGGAAACCCGCUGUUCUCCAAGGCCCUGGCAGACCUGGUGUGCUCCCACCUGCAGUCCAACGAGGUGUGCUCCCGCCAGCUGACCCUGUGCUGCCCGCUCUGCGUCAACCCCGUGUGCAGGGAGACCAAGGCCUUCUUCGCCAACCAGCCGCUGUGAGCCCGGCACGGCCCCGUCCCAGGGAACUGCCCCGACCAGGAAACGGCCCCAGGCAAGGGAGGAGACCCUGUUACACACUUGUGGUCUCUGUGAACCUCCCGUCACGGGCAACUCGCCUUUGGUUUCAUUUUUCUGAUGUUUUCUUUGUGUUGGAGAAGAGUUCGUAGGACGUAGGGAAAGGAGGGCAUUUCUCCUGUCAGCUGUGAGGAGAUCUCGUGUCACCCGACCCCGAGGGCGCUCAGCUGGAGCCCAGCACUGAGAAACCCCCACAGCUUUUCCAAGUUAGCUUCUCUUUCUAUGCAGGGUGUAUUUGUGUGCAGGUUGGUCACGGAUGCAGUACCUUCAGCUUGCCAGGUCAAGUGUGCAGUUGUUUUGGGUUUGCUUAAGGUGCAAGUCUGACCAGCACAGCCACCAGUUGUCUCUUCUGAGAGGGACUUUGGAAAUCAAGUGACUUCUAAUGCUUUUUAAUAAUGUGUGCAUAUAUAUAUAUUUUUUUUUUUUUUUUUUUUAGGGCAUAAAGAUAAGGCUUUGUUUUGUUUGGUUUUCUCCUGCCAGAAACUUCCAGUGAAAGCUUAGCUGGGACAGUAGAAUGCACAAAAAUUGUUUACAUUUUCUAGAGAAAACAUUGUCAUUAUCUGCAGGAAAGCAUCUGAAGAGCAUAAAUUGACAGGAAUAAGCCUUGCUCGGGUGAUACUGAAGAACAUGUUCCAUUGCAACUGCCUGUUUCAAAUCCAGCAGGAGCCUGUAUGGAAACAUGUUAAGCAGAAUGGCUUUUUAAAUUAUUGUUAUUUUCAUUAAAAAGGGCUUUCUCAGUUUGGCUAAGUCAGUUUAGGAAGCCAGGCUUGCUCUCCAGCAGGUUUAUAGAUCUCCUCUGUGCUUUCUACUGUGCCACAGCAGCUGUGGGUUUUGGGGGAUACCUAUGGAGUGCCAUGGGUGGGAUUGAUCUGUUAAAUGGAGAUGAGGAGUGAGGAGUGAUUCACAUUUGUACACUGCAGGUGCCUGAGGGGGCAGCCCCAGGGUGCUCUGGGCCAGGAGGGGCUUUGCUGUCCCCACUCAGCCCCCCAGGCUGGGCACAGGGACCUCCCCAGAGCUGUGACCCCCUUCUGUGGGACUGAGCCAUACCUGUGGUCGUGCAGCUGGCACCUCCUUGGGGGGGCACGUUUACUUGAUGUCCUUAGCACUGAAAUGCUGCAGGCUGGCUCCUGGCAAUCCCUGCUGGUGGCUGGGAAGCCACGCUGCUCGUCCAGGUUCCUCUGCUCAGGUAAAGGUGAGGCAGGGCCAGUUGGAACCUCUGCUCUUUGCAGAACGGUGUUUAAGGAGAGGAGAGGCCUCUCGUGGCGUGUCAGGGGUUUGUUUGGUCCUGUCCUGCUGGAAAACCUAAAGGCAAGGAUGCUAGAGGAGCAGGUGGAUGUGUAGAGCAGCCCGUGGGCCAAGUGCUGCCUGAUCCCUCUGGAGAGCUGCCUGUCUCCACUGCCAUAGCUGCUUCCCAGGGGAGACAGACUGAGAUUCCUGCAGUGCCAGAGCCUCCUGCAUCACUGCUGUCCCUCGCAGAACUAAGUCUUCCUUGCCCCUCCAAGCCUGUGCCUGUGGCAGUGGCAGGGAGCCAGAGGCAUCUCUUCUCCCUCUCUUGCUCCAUCCUUGCUCUCUGCUUGCUGCCUUGGCAGGAAAGAGGAGCUCAAAUGUCCAGCAUGUCUGGGAACACUGGCCUUACGUCUCUCCUUGAACUUUCUCUGUUCCCCCUUCUCUGGGUGACACUUUGGGGGCAGUGGAAAACGAUCUGGUUGAUCAAACCUUCCUACUCCUGUUUCCUCCCAGCUGAAGGGGACGUGGGCCUCGGGGUGGUCCAGGCUGUGACCAGCACAUUUCCAAGUGUGGGGAGUGAGGGUUCCCUUCAUAUGAACCUUGUGGUACUAUAAAUCCAGACUGGCUUUCCGUUUCCGUGCUGGAGAGAGCGCUGAGAGUACAAGCUGGCACUGAUUCUGAGGCAUUAUGUUUGUCCCCAGUAAUAAGAGGUACUUAAAAUUCACUUUGGACUGUUCUAACCGCACGGGGGAUAAUUACCCCGUGGCUGCUAUUAGGCCAUCAUGUAGAAACCACUUAAUUUUCCAGCUUUUAGCAGACAGGGCCUGUCUCCCGGAGCUGGUGGUACUGUUUGUGAGUUUUAACAGAGGUUUUUGAGGAGUCCCUUGUCUCUCACAGCCAAUGUCACUGGGUUGGGUGAGUGUCUGCCCCGAGGAGGGAUGAAUCCCAUCUCUGCAUGUGCCUUCCUCAGCCCCUUCCAGUGGUGUGUAGCUCCGGAGUUUGCAGCCUGUGAGUGUUCCCUGUGUCCCUCCUGCACGUUGUGAGACCUUUGGUGCUACUGGCUCCGGACCCAGAGCCCUUCCCACGCCUGCAGCACCUGGGAGACCCUGCUCCCUGGACACCAAUCCAGUGGGAUUGUCAGCAGUGGCACUCCUGCUUCCCACCAGCACUCCCAGCCAGCACUGUGGAGCUCUGGCCUCGGGAUAUCGACUGGGAAUCAAGGAGUUAGGAGCAGGAGUAGUGUCCUGAGGAGAGAAAGGGGAAGUAAAGGGGAUGUGGUUGUUCUCCUGAUUUCGCUCCCUGUAGUUUGGCUUUUGUCUUUUCUUUGCUGAGUUGAAGUUUUUCUCCUUUGAGCUCCUCUCUCACGUCUCCCUCGGUCCUGGCUGCGCUUCAGAGGAGGUGGGAGCUUCCAAAAGGUGCUGUGACACUGAAAGGGGUGUGCAGGGUGUCUGAGCACAGCUGAGUUCAGAGGGGCCAGGCUUUUCCUAGGCACACCUAAAAGCUCCGUGUAUUCUCCCUUUCCACUACCCCAGAGAGCUGGGAGUCACCAUGAAGGGUAGGCUGCAAGUGAGAGCAGUUCCUUUGAUUCUCUUAAUGCCAGAUGUGCACAGGUACUUGCUUUUAGCCCAACAUAUGCAUUUCAGACUGACCAAGGACUUCCACUGAUGUAACACAGCCCGUUUGGAUAAUCCUACUGUGUGUCGUUUGCCAUAAGGAUGGAAUCUCAAUUAAACUUUUUUUGGAAGAAA